AUGGGAAAGGAUGAGCAUAAUCACAGUGACAGAGGAUUCUUCCACCACUUAGCAGGAUUCGCAGGCGGACACUACCCUCCUCACGGUCCUCAUCAUGGUUAUGGUCAUCACGCUCAUCAUGGUUAUGGUCAUCAAGGUCACGGUUAUGCAGCUCCUUAUCCAUACCCUCCUCCUCCUCAUGGCUAUCCACCAGUUGCUUAUCCUCCACAUGGUGGUUACCCUCCAGCCGGUUAUUCUCCAGCUGGUUAUCCUCCAGCCGGUUAUCCAUCUCACGGUUAUCCCGGUCCAUCUCACUCUGGGCAUGGGCAUCACCAUGGAGGUAUAGUAGGGAUGAUAGCGGGUGGUUUGGCUGCGGCUGCUGGUGCUCACCACAUGUCUCACCACGGACACUAUGGUCACCACCACGGUGGUCACGGCUAUGGCUACGGCUAUCACGGUCAUGGUAAGUUCAAGCACGGAAAAUUCGGAAAACGCUGGAAACAUGGCAUGUUUGGGAAGCACAAGGGCAAAUUCUUCAAGAAAUGGAAGUGA